AUGAUACCAGGGGUGGACAAAAGUCCAGUAGAUAUCGAAGACAUAUCCACAGUUACUGAGGGAACAAGUUCGGAUGGGUCUUAUCAAGGCCGAAAACGAAUGCAUGAAGAUAAUGAUGACGGUGCUUCUCACAUGGAAAAUAGAAAUAGCGUAUCUUUCAUUAACAGUGAUGAUGAUAUUAUAGUAGGAGAGGCGGUGCAUCGGAACAAAAGAAGACGACAAAGCCAGUCAAAUACUGAGCAUUCAAAUAGCGAACAUAUAGGCUUGGCUAUUGUAUCGGAUCCGGUUGAAAUAGUAUCCGAUACAGAUGGUGAAGAUACAGAAGUUGAUGAGGAUGAUGAAGAUAUUGAAGGUGAAGCCAUUGGCAACCCCUUAAACAGUUUUCGCCAUCGGAGAAUCGCAAGAGUCGUUGACGAAACUGGGCUGAGUGGGACAUCAGAUGAAAGCACAGAUGUUGAUAGUAGUGAUGAGGAUGAUGAUAUAGUAAUCGUUGGAGCAGAUGGCAAGGAAGAGAAAGUUAAAACUACAGAUGAUCUCUUGAAGGAUUCCAGAAAGAAUGAUAAUUCCAAUCUUCACGAAGUUACAUGUCCGAUAUGCAUGGAUCCAAUCAAAGAAUGCGUGGCAAGUCCAUGUGGACACUUCUAUUGCUCGGACUGUGUUUAUAAGGCCAUGGCUAGCUCAAAGGUAACUGGAACUACUAAGGGCAGAUGUGCCUUAUGUAGGAAAAUUGUGCAGUACAAAGACCUGGUUUGGUUGAAAUUUAGGUAUCGGAAAAAGGUUUGA